CCAGGCCGAGGCUUAGCCAGACUGCGCGGCCGGACGCCGGCGCCAUGGAGGAGUACGCUCGGGAGCCUUGCCCAUGGCGAAUUGUGGACGAUUGCGGAGGAGCCUUCACUAUGGGUGUCAUCGGCGGUGGAGUCUUCCAAGCCAUCAAGGGCUUCCGCAACGCCCCUGUCGGAAUUCGGCACCGACUGAGAGGUAGUGCCAACGCUGUGAGGAUCCGAGCCCCCCAGAUUGGAGGUAGCUUCGCGGUGUGGGGGGGCCUGUUCUCCACCAUCGACUGUGGCCUGGUGCGCCUGCGGGGCAAAGAAGAUCCUUGGAACUCCAUCACCAGCGGAGCAUUGACCGGGGCCGUGCUGGCGGCCCGCAGUGAGUGCCCCAGCCUCUGGCCCCCAGCCCCAGCCCCUUCCGCCCUGUUCUGCCUGCCCUCACCUCUUUCUCCCUGCCUCUUCACUCUCCCAGGUGGCCCACUGGCCAUGGUGGGCUCGGCAAUGAUGGGGGGUAUCCUCCUGGCCCUCAUAGAGGGUGUUGGCAUCCUCCUUACUCGCUACACUGCCCAGCAGUUCCGCAAUGCACCCCCGUUCCUGGAGGACCCCAGCCAGCUGCCCCCUAAGGAGGGUACCUCAGCCCCAGGCUAUCCCAGCUAUCAGCAGUACCACUGAGGAAGUGACUGCCUAUCAUCACCACCGUGGGAGCUCCUCCUCCGUUCCCUCCCCGAUGAUCUACCUCGAAGGGAGGGCUGGCUCCCAGUUGGCCCUGGGACCCUCCAGAGAGGGCCUCUACUCUGCUCCCUUGUCCCAGGGUUGGGGGUGGGGCACCCCAGCUGCCCUGAUGGAUGGGUCCCCUUCUCAGGGCACCCCAACCCCAAAUUCACAUGUAACAAGUUCUCACCCCAGCUCCUUUUCCUCGCGCCCUGAUGAGUAUUUAAAGCCAGUUUUGAAAUGCC